AUGACCGUCUGGUCAUGGCUGAUUCAUCUGCGCACAGGCUCGAAUCUGGAGGCCUGGAGGACUGGAUCCAGUACAUCCAGACCGUCCAGGUCCAUCUGCACGUUUGCUGAUGGAGAACAGAAGACCUUACACUUCCACCUUGGACCGUUGGCCAAGCACACAGUCUAUGAGGCCGAAAUAGUAGGAAUGAUUCUGGGCGCAGAACUGCUACGCCGCGAACCAGGAAAACCCUCAGCCAGACUAUGCGUCGACAACCAAGCGGCCAUUCUAGCCACACAGUCCUUUAGAACCAACCCGGGUCAUUACCUGAUGGAUAUGUUCCACAGAAACCUCGAACGCGCGCUAAUCAAACGAGACGAGGACCACAUAACGAUCCACUGGACCCCGGGACACGCGGACAUAGAAGGGAACGAGUCAGCCGACGUUGAGGCCAAGAAAGCGGCAGGAGGACUGUCCAGCCCUCCAAACAACCUACCCAACUGCCUACGA